AUGGCAUGUCAACUGAAGACAUUGUUGGUGCUACUUGUUUUCUUGCUGAUAUCAAAUUUGCAACAUUGUGUUAAUGGAAUACCGCAAGUACCUUGUCUCUUCAUUUUUGGGGACUCGUUGUCUGAUAAUGGGAACAAUAAUAACCUUGUGACAAGGGCAAAAGCCAAUUAUCAACCAUAUGGGAUUGAUUUUCCUGAGGGACCCACCGGAAGGUUUACCAAUGGUCGCAAUAUUGGUGAUAUCAUUGCUGAACUUCUGGGUUUUGAGAAUUACAUCCCACCUUUUGCUUCUGCGCCUGAAGGCUUCGAAAUACUCAAAGGGGUCAAUUAUGCAUCCGGUUCAGCGGGCAUUCGCAAUGAAUCUGGACAACAUCUGGGUAAUCGGAUAAGCUUAGAUAGACAAUUGCAAAAUCACCAAUAUACAGUCUCGCACAUCAUUGAAAUGUUGGGAGGUAAUCAGAGAGCAACAAUGUACCUAAGCAAGUGCAUGUACUCCAUUACAAUUGGCAGUAAUGACUACCUGAGUAAUUACUUCUUGCCAAUGUUCUACCCUACUAGCCAACAAUAUACACCAGAGCAAUAUGCUAAUAUUCUUAUCCAGCAACUCACUCAACAAGUAAUGACUUUGUACAGAUAUGGAGCAAGGAAGGUAGUCCUUUAUGGAUUGGGUCAGCUAGGUAGUAUUCCAAUUGUACUCUCUUUAUGUGGAAUUAUUAGCUCUUCAUGUGAGGACAGCUUCAACAAAGUGGUCCAACUAUUCAAUGAUAGGCUUAUAUCACUGGUGGCUGACCUCAACAAAAAUCUAUGGCAAGCUAAGUUUAUCUUCAUAAACACUACUAGUAUGGAUUUGGAAUACACAAGUUCCAUGGUUAAAAAUGCUUCUUGCUGUGAAUUGUUGGGUUUUGGACAGUUCCAAUGCUCUCCUUCAGGAUAUGUAUGUCAUAACAGGAGCCAAUAUAUGUUUUGGGAUGCAGUCCAUCCAACUGAAGCCGCAUAUGAGUUCUAUGGGGGAAGGGCAUACAGAGCUCAGUCCCCAACUGAUGCUUAUCCAUUUGACAUCAGCUACCUCGCAAAGCUCUAA